CCGUGUGCAACUACCAUUUGCAUCCUCUUUUGGUUUCAGUUUGGCCUCUUGAUGGUCCAUUGAAUAUUUCAUGGUCUUUCCUUCAUUAAACAAUGCCUCCCAAAGCCAAUCCAGCCACGCGUGGCGGAGCAACACGGGGCGCCAAGAAUGAUGCAGGACCUGCUCGCAUUUCGACACGAAGCAAAGCAAAACCCGCAUCCAACCCCAAAGCAGAUGUUGCAAACGCAAAGUCUGCAGUCAAUGGCACGUCCAAUGGCAACCUUGGCACAUCUUCUCGCAAAAUCACUCGGUCAUCAUCCAACAUCAUCACAUAUGAUCAGAUCUUUGUUGGCGGACCACCUGCUCAGAUUACCGCUACCUACAAGAAACCAGUUCUCGUCAUUUCCGGGCUGACUGAAGAGUUCCAAGUGCAUUUAGAACAACAGUCAACCUCCGAGCGUAAUUCAACAAAGUCCGGCCAGAGAUCGAACCCGCCGUCACUGACGAAAGAAGAUAACUCGGAUGACGAGUCUGACAGUCCUGAGCCGCCAAGCGUGAAUCUAGCGCCUCCGCGUCGAGGCGGGCGUGGCGGAAGACGAGGUGGGAGGGGCGGCAGAGGAGGGAGGGUUAAGAAUACUAUCUCUCCAAGAAAAGCCCGGCCAACUCGAACUGCAGCACCAACAUUUCCACUCGCCGAUGUUGAUGAGGAAAUGGAUGAUGAUGAGUCCCCCGAUGCCAGCGCCAAUGGCACCGGGGAUGACGAUGCAGAGAUGCUAGAUCGACCAGACCAAAUGGAUGUCGAGCCGGCAAUUGCUAUACAUGUUGAACCGGCCACAAAAUCUUCCAAAACAUCCCCAGCUCCAAGUUUGAAGAAACAAAAUAGUGAUUUGUCAAUAGCCGACUUGACCCGAAGGCUUGAUCCAUCCCCGCGAAAAGAGAGUGUCGCUCCGACUAUACGAGAGUCUGGGAGCGCAACUCCUGCGGGCAGUCAAACAGCGCGUGUGAAAGAGAUUAUCGACGAAGAAUUAUCAGAAAGCGACCUGCCGACAGCGUUUCUGGACGAAUGGCCGCUGAGCGAGUUGGUCUAUGAGGAUAAAGCUGACGAGAUUCACAAGAAGAGGUUUCAAGCAUUGCGUCCUACCCAAGAUAUCACUUCUAGCCUCACGAUACGUGACCCUGCAACCCGACCCACUUGGGUUCUGCAAACGGUAUCGGAGAGAGCUUUUGAAAUCCUGAGGACAUUGCAGGACGAGUUCCUCAUGCUCGACGACAGAACCGCGCCCCACGCUCAUCCCCCAAAGAAGCCGGCCACGGGCGGUCGCAUCCCAAUCGACCCAUUAGUGUUUGAAGACAUGAAAGAAGCAGAGCUCUAUAAUUACGUCUACGACCCGAAACGGGCGCCCGGAACGCAGGAUCCUUUUCUUCAACGUCUCGGUCGUGAUUACGUCGGAGGGCGUGAGUUGAGGCAACGCCGAGCGGCGCGCGAUAUGCUCGGCUCGGCGGCUGCUAGCGAGGAAGACGAAGAUGAAGAAGAGAGCGGAAGAGCAGGAAAGAGGCGGCGGCGAGCUGUUCAGCGAUUUGACGGCACAGAAACAGGCAAUGGGACCGAAACACCCCCUCGUCGAUUUGGUUGGGGAGGCGCACGGAAGAGAGGCGUCAGUGCCAUCACGGGUUCUCAAACUCCAGAGGUUGAAAGACGAGGAAAAAGACCAAAGACGGAAGGCCAGCUGCUUCCGCAGCGGAUCCGUGAAAUGAGAGGUGAGAGUAUCAUGAACAGCUCUGGCGACUCUGGAGAUGACGGAAGUCCUGCACCCAAUAGCCAAUCGUCAAAACGGCGAGGACGACCACCUGGAAGCAAGAACUUACAAAAACGGAGUGACGCCGGUAUCAAGAAGGGACCACGAAAAGGCACCUUUGGCGGUCUGCAAAAGUCAAAACCGAUGACACUAGAAAGCUUAAGUCAAGGCCAAAACCAGUUCGCAGUCGAACCCAUGAUCCGAGCACCAACACCUGUUGCUGCACCCAGUCAUACAGUCAUGCCUCCCUCGUCAACGGUCUUCCAGGCCGCACCUCAGCCAGCCACAGCUCCACCUUCAGACUCUAUUCUAGGCUCGACAGCUGUACCUGCUACCGCCGAGCAAUACAUCACCACCACGCCCCUCUCCCAAUACGGCUCCAACUACAUCGAUGAACCCACAACCCCAAACGGCAGCAAUUCGGACAAGAAGCGCAAACAGCGCGUCAAGUCCGAGAAGCGCAGCCAGAGCAUGACUAUAUGGUGGGCAGAGCGCAAAGCACGCGCCGCCGAGCGCAAGGCCGCCGAAGCGCGAGCCAGCGGCCACCAACUCCACCACGACGCCCCCAUGCAUUCCCCCUCCCUCUCUGCCUACUCAAGUCCCAUGGCCCACCCCCAUACUUACUCCCCUUCCCUCGGCGUCAGCAGCGGCCUCACCGCGCUGCCUUCCGGCGGCGGCCGCAACUCGAUGCCGCUUCUCGCACCUGCACCUACGCCGUCGCUAACUCACACUAGAGCGCCAGCGCCGCAGCAGAUGUACCGCUCAGCGUACCCGCCCACCCAACCGCAGGACCCGAGGGCUAUGAACAUGAUCCAGCGUCCCUCGUCAGGCGGUCCACCGCCACUGGCUCCUGCACCACCGGCGCCGCAUCGACACUCGCUGAGCCAUAUCCCGCCGCCGAUAUCACCGUACGGACCACCACAAGGCCAGACGCAGGGCUAUCAGCAGCAGCAUCCCCAUCCCCAACAACAACAACAGCAGCAACUUGUCCAUCACCAGCAACAACAACAACAACAACAACAACAACAACAACAACAAGCGCAGCUCCAAGCGCAAUCUCAAGCACACUACAGGCAACCGCAACACGGGCCUGGGAAUCCGUACGGUCACGCACAUUCUCACUCGCAUUCUCAGUCGCAGUCGCACGCGCAGCCGCUAGCGCCGGCGCCGGAGCGGCGCGAGAGCGAGAGGGAGAUGGAGGAAAGGAUGAUGCAAGAGCGCCAUCGGCAGCAGCAACAGCAGCAGCAGCAGAGGGACGGCGAGCGCGAGCGGGAGGAGCAUGAGCGCAGAGAGGCGGAGAAGCCGGGGUGGCAGCGGGAGGCGGAGUAUUUGGCGGGCCGGUUUCGGCGGGAGUGACGGCGGGAGUAGGUGGGGUGGUGAGCUGGAGAAGAGUGCAAGCAGGGAAGGCGAGUGUGCGCCUUGUAUUCAGUUUCUGGAGGUGGGAGGGGUGGGAGGCAUAUCUUUGAUUUUGACAUUGUGUUUUUGCGAUCGAGUUAUCGGAAUUUUGAUUGCAGAGUAGACUUAGGUGCAUAUUUUCUUUUUUUCGCUGAGAAGCGU